AUGGCGGAGCAGGGAAUUACUGCUGACUCCGCCACGCUUCAUGCUGCUUUAGAGGUCCUCGCAGUCCAUCCUGACUACCUCCUUCGACAAGAAGUAAUCGAAGCCCUCCGCGCCCGAUGGCUCUCCCUCAGUCCUGCCGGGUGGCACCACGUAAUAGCCGGUCUAUUACGCGAAAACCAAUUAGAGCUCGCUCUAGACCGACUUGACCAGAUGGAACGAAAAGGCAUACUCCUGGAGCAAUGGCUACAUAGUCUCUUGGUCUACAAACUAUGCGACGCCAAUGAAUUCUCCGAAGCGCUACGGCUAAUACGAUCGAGACCAAAUAAGGCCAAGUCUAUAUCGUCAGCGAUGUGGCUGUAUUUGCUAAGAGCUGCGAUAAGGAAGUCGCAUUUCGAGACAGUGGAAUAUGUGUGGAAGAAUUCGGUGGAUUUGGGAUACCAAGAGUUGAGUGUUGCGGAUUGUCGGGAUUUGCUUGGAUUUGCGGCACAACACGGCGAUGCCAUUCUUGCGGAGGCUAUUUUUCGGCAUUUGUCGACGUUACAGGCGCAUUUGACUACGUAUGAGUAUGGGAAGCUGGUGCAAGUGUACGCCGGCAAUGCAGAUAUAAAGUCUGCGUUAGGGAUUGUUUGUCAGAUGCAUAAGAACAACAUACUCAUCGAGUCCGAGUCGGCACAGCCGAUACUAAAGUCUAUGGAGAUUACUUCUAGCGAUCCAACGACCGUAUGGAAAGAAAUCCGUCAAUUGGGGAACGAAGAAUUCGGAAUACCAAUAAACUUAGCAAAUAUAGUCCUAGAGCACAUCGGGACUCUGUUCAAAGGAGACUCCUUUUCAGCAUCCAGAGCAAUUGACGUUGCAGUGUCUAUCUACAAGGACCUCUUCGAUGUCUGCACCAGCGGCGCCAACACCGACACGUUCAACCAUCUGUUCUCUAUAUGCCAUCAAACCCGCAGACCAGAUAUAUGCACGUUCUUCGCCAAGGAGAUGGCGGGUCUGAACGUUCCUCCUGAUCAAAGAACGCUGGAAACUUUGAUUCUCAUCUGCUUGGAAUCUGGAAAUAGAGAUUCGGCGGAGAAGUAUCUAGCUGAUCUCAAAGCGCAUGGUUGGGAAUUGAGCGAGACGGUUGAAGAACAGAUUCGCGAUAAGCUAGAACAUGCAUCCUUGCUCCGCCAAAUCGUUGCUGGACCGCGCCUACAGCACCCCGAAGCGGGCUUGGAUCUGUGCUAUGUGACUGAUUUCCUAAUCGCAACAUCCGGCCCCUCAUCCAAAUACCCCAAACGCGCCUACCGCAACCCCACCGACGCUCUGGUUCGUUUCCUAGAUAGCAAACACGACACCGACUGGGCGAUCUGGGAGUUUCGAGCAGAAGGGACGGGAUACCCCGAUUCAGAGGUCUAUGGACGAAUUCAUCAUUUUCCAUGGCCGGAUCAUCAUCCGCCCCCGUUUGCGUUGAUACCUGCUAUAAUGGCGAGUAUGCGCAAUUGGUUGAAUGAAGAGACCCCCAACGAGGCAGGGGGUAAUAAGAAAAAGAAGAGGGUGGCGGUUGUUCAUUGCAAAGCUGGAAAGGGAAGAAGUGGUUCGGUGGCGUGUAGUUAUCUGAUCAGUCAGGAGGGAUGGAAGAUGGAGGAUGCGAUGCAACGGUUUACGGAGAGGAGGAUGAGGGUUGGGUUUGGUGAUGGGGUUAGUAUACCCAGUCAGGUUCGAUGGGUGGGAUAUGUCAAUAGGUGGGCAAAUGAUAUGGGCAAGGUCUAUGUUGAGCGGCCGGUCGAAAUUCUGGAAGUGCAUGUAUGGGGCCUGAGGGAUGGCGUCAAGAUUGCCUUAGAAGGGUAUGUUGAUGAGGGCAGGAAGAUUAAAUGUUUCCAUCUUUUCAGACGGAAAGAGCGCAUCGUCAUUGAUGACGGUAAAACUGCUUUACCCUUGCCGCAUGACGAUCUGAUUGCCAAAGAGCGAUUGGAGAAGAAAGAAAGAGCCGCCAACUCAUCACCGUCACCGUCACCAUCCUCAUCCGCAAACUCCGCAACCAUCAUUCAACAACCGUCCAUGACUUUCACAUCAUCAACGUCCACAUCCAAGAACAUCGGCGAAAACAACAAGAAAAUCUCAGCCGCAAUCCUGCGCCCCGACAAACCCGUCAUCCUGCCGACAUCCGACGUCAACAUAGACUUUGAGCGCCGCAUCAAAGCCGCCUAUACCGGCUGGGCAGUCGUCACGUCAAUCGCACACGUCUGGUUCAACGCAUACUUCGAAGGGGGCGACAAACACGACUCCGGCAUCUUCGAAUGUGACUGGGAAGCCCUCGACGGCAUUAAGGGUAGCAGCAGCAAAGGCACUAAAGCUCUAGAGAAAGUGAAAGUCGUCUGGCGCUACGCAUCAAAGGAGCAACUCGCCGCAGAAGGUAAACAGGAGCCCGCGGAGAUUGCGAAGUUGCCAGAAGAGAGAGUUGUGACGUUGCCGAAGCCGGGCGAGCCAGUGCAGGAAUCGCAUGCGGCGGAUUGGCAUGGUGAGAAUGUGGUGAGGGAGGAUGAGCCGGGCAUGGGGUUUGAGGGGCAUAAGACUGUUGUUAAUCCGACCGCUUCGCCUGUGCGUCGGCACCCUGGGAGUGAGCAUCCGCCCUCUUCUACUGAGGCCGAGGUAGAGGAAGAGGAAGAGGAAGCUUUGAACGGCACAACACACCCAUUCAUAGCACAAGCAUCAGCCUCAACAGCCGCAGCCGUAACGUCAGCCGUGAAACGCGUCCGUCGAGAAUUGGGACUGCGGAAACAGACUGCUGCCAGUGCAGAGGUGAGUUUGGCGAAUAGCAGUGCCGAGGAUUUGUCGUCGCCCCCUUCACAACAUAGACGAAACGAGCAAGAGCAAGCGAAGGACGAGAAUGGAAAUGGAAAUGAGAGUGAUAUGGAAGGCGUCAAAUCGUGUAUGGAUCGGGAGGGAAAUGGCGGCACGAACACGAGCACGGCGAAGGAUCUGUGA